CUAGCUUUCCUCCUCUCCUGUACCUGACGUUUUCCCGCGUUUCAAGGGGUCACGUGUCUAGUUGAUAGUGAGCAAUAGACCUCGCCGCUUUCUUUGGCAUCGCGCCUAUCAGGGUCACGUGACCAGUGUGUGUGACGUAGAGAGGAUCCUGGACUGGAGGAAUGAAGAGUACAGGACUCGCAGAUAAGGUCUUCUUUGUAAGAUGAUGGUCAUUUCCACCAAUGACCCACCAAGGAUGGAGAAGGACAGAAACCAUGUGGCUACAACAAUAUUAGACCUCACCCUUGAGAUCUUCUCCUUGAUAACGGGAGAGGAUUACACAGUAGUGAAGAAGUCGUCUGCUAAGUGUGUGAGACCUCGUACGUCAAGAGGACGGAGCAGGACCCAGAGCCCCAUCACCGAGCCUCCACCUCAUUCACUGAUACAUGAGCAGAAGAUCCUAGAACUUACCAACAGGAUCACUGACCUGCUGAGCGGAGAGGUUCCUGUAAGGUGUCAGGAUGUUGCUGUCUAUUUCUCUAUGGAGGAGUGGGAGUAUUUAAAAGGGGAGAAGGACAAAAACCACAUGGCUACAAGGAUAUUAGACCUCACCCGAGCGAUCAUCUCCUUGAUAACGGGAGAGGAUUACACAGUAGUGAAGAAGUCGUCUGCUAAGUGUGUGAGACCUCGUGCGUCAAGAGGACGGAAAAAGACCCAGAGCCCCAUCACCGAGCCUCCACCUCAUUCACUGAUACAUGAGCAGAAGAUCCUAGAACUUACCAACAGGAUCACUGACCUGCUGAGCGGAGAGGUUCCUAUAAGGUGUCAGGAUGUCGCUGUCUAUUUCUCCAUGGAGGAGUGGGAGUAUUUAGAAGGACACAAGGAUAUGUACAAAGACCUCAUGAUGGAGAAUCACCAGCCCCUCACAUCACCAGAUGAAUCCAGUCAGAGAAAUCCACCCGAGAGAUGUCCAGAGGAAGAGCAAAAUAACUCACUGGAUCAUCAGGACAUCACGAUGGAGAAUCAUCAGUCCCUAACAUCACCAGAUCGUUCCAGUCAGAAAAAUGCACCCGAGAGAUGUCCUAGUCCUCUAUGUCCCCAGGACUCUCCAGAGGAAGAGCAGAAUGUCCCACUAGAUCAUCAGGACAUCAUGAUGGAAAAUCAUCAGCCCCUCACAUCACCAGAUGGAUCCAGUCAGAGAAAUUCACAAGACAGAUGUCCAGAGGAAGAGCAUGAUAACUCGCUGAAUCAUCAGUCCCUAACAUCAUCGGAUGGAUCCAGUCAGAGAAAUCCACCCGAGAGAUGUUCCAGUCCUCUGCAUUCCCCAGACUGUCCAGAAGAAGAGCAGAAUAACUUACUGGAUCAUCAGGACAUCAUGAUGGAAAAUCAUCAGACCCUCACAUCACCGGAUGGAUCCAGUCAGAGAAAUCCAACAGAGAGAUGUCCAGAGGAAGAGCAAAAUAACUCACUGGAUCAUCAGGACAUCACGAUGGAGAAUCAUCAGUCCCUAACAUCACCAGAUCGUUCCAGUCAGAAAAAUCCACCCGAGAGAUGUCCUAGUCCUCUAUGUCCCCAGGACUGUUCAGAGGAAGAGCAGAAUGUCCCACUAGAUCAUCAGGACAUCAUGAUGGAAAAUCACCAGCCCCUCACAUCACCAGAUGGAUCCAGUCAGAGAAAUUCACCAGACAGAUGUUCUAGUCCUCUAUGUCCCCAGGACUGUCCAGAUGAAGAGCAGGAUAACUCGCUGGAUCAUCAGGACAUCACGAUGGAGAAUCAUCAGUCCCUAACAUCACCGGAUGGAUCCAGUCAGAGAAGAUAUCCCAGUCGUCUAUAUUCCCAGGACUGUCCAGGGGAGAAGCAGAAUGUCCCACCGGGUCAUCCGUUAAAAAUGGCCUCUAAAGGAGACUUCACCCGUCUCGUCUGCAAGUUCUGUCGGAGACUGCAGGGAAAACUGUCGGUGCACCUGCGCAGGGUUUGCCUAAAAACAGCAAGCGAAGCAGAGAUCAGUCAAUGUGUGACGGAAGCGAAGAAAAACCUCCAUAAAAUAAAGGCUUCUUUCAGCAUUGUUUCAUAUGAAGAGCUGAAUUUUCAGAAAAGCAGCUUUUCGGAUCCGCAGUUGUUCUUUGCAGAUUUCUUGCAGAGACGUGGCUCCCUUAUUGUAGAUAGACCAGCUGACAGGCGAUCUUCUGAUGAAGAGGAUGGAUCAGAAAGUGAAGACAUCGAAGCCACUCGGUCCAGCUCUCCUGUAUCGCUGCGGAGGACGCUGGCUGAGGCUGGCAUCUACAGAAAACAUGACCUGGGAUGUCCAUUGCUGGAAAGCUUUAAGCACUACCUGAAGCUUCACUACACCCUGCCGACCAUCAAGCAGAUAAUGGAAAACGUGGCCAGAUAUCUCUACUUCGUUAACCCUCAUGAGAUCACUUUAGAAUUUAUUAGCCACCCGGAGAAAACCAAAGCGUUCAUCCAAACCUUCUUUGAUUCGAAAACAUCAGAGGGAACGGUGAAACUCUAUGUUUCACACAUUGGCCUUUUUGUUAAGUUUGUCCUCUCAGAACAAUUCCCCAAUGCCAUAGAGGAGAUAACAAAGCAGGACGCCAAGAUCUUUCUGGCUAGGCUUAAAAAAAUGACUGGGGAGACUAACCCAAAGAGAAGGAAAAAGAAAAAGCAAAAGAAGGGGGUUUUGCUUCCCCCCAAGGAUUGUCGUAAGGUGCUAACAGUGGCAAAACCCCAUGUGCUAAAAAUCUUCAAACGGGCUGAUUCAGGUGUACUACUGGAUGACGGAGAAAAAGUGCUUGCAGGUCUUUACCUUGGGGCCUUGCUCAGCUUAAAGCACCUCUGUAAGCCAGCUGUUGUCCAAAACCUGACGGUAAAAGAAUGGCUUCAGAGAAAGAACUGCAACCAGUUUGAAGACACAACAGUGACAAUUAUAACAAUGCCAAAAACCAUCAUUGUGCUACCACAAGAGGAAGAGCUACUUUUCAGCAUUUACUUCAGAUGCAUCAGGCACACAAUGCUGGAUAAGGCUUCAAAUGAAGUUCUGCAAUUUUUUGUAUCGACCAAAGGAAAACCUAUAAAGAAUCCCAGCAAGAACCUUCAGAGGCUCCAAGUAAAGUUUCAGCUGCCCUCAGUCUCAAUGCAACAGGCUGAAGAUUCUACCAAGAGGUGGGCACGUCUGAAUCUCCCCGAGGAACGUAGAGAUGUCCUCAAUUCCUACAUAGACUUUGGCGAACAGAAAGAGGAGGUCAACAAAACAAAGUUAAUCGAGGCCAUGUUCAUUUUACACCGCUUGGAUGAUGACAAUCAAAGCGAGACCUCGAGAAAGAGGAAGAGGACAGAAGAUGAAUCCGAGGAAGGUAGUGAUGCUGAAGAUCUGGUUGCCGUGAAGGAGAAGUGCUUUAAGAGGUUAAUUGAGAGGCACCCCGUUAUACCUCAAAAGCACCUUCCGUCUCUAGACACCUGUAAACAGGUCAGCGAGCGCUAUGCUCAGUACUGCCAAGAUAAAUGGAGGCGCAUGCAGUGCAAGAUUCGUAUAGAGGAUGUCAUCAAACACUUCAGGAAGUGUCCAAAUAAGAAACAGGUUUUGGCCUACGUGAAGCAACAGGGUUGGACCUCCAAUAUUCCAAAAACCAGUGAUGUUCUGGAGGCUUGGAGACCCCACAAAACCCGACGGAAGGAAGAAAACUUGCAAAACUUUGAAAGCAAGGUGGAGUCUCAAGAAUGGACAGGGCUUGCCAUGGUUGAAGAAGAAACUAAAGGCGGCUAUUCAAUAAAGACAACUCAAGCCUUCAAAAAAGGAGAUGUUGUAUGUGAUUAUCACGGGGUCCUAAUGGACGUACAAAAAACACUAAAGGAUGACGAGGGCUGUCUCUUCUUUAGUGUUAAAGGGAAGAAAAUGUGCCUAAAUGCCACAAAGGCUCCUUGUGGCUGCCACCCACACAUGCCUUCCACGUUUGGAAGACUUGUGAAACAUUCAUGCAAAAAAGACAAUUUGAAGGCUGUGCUGAAGUAUGUGCAGGAUGGGAAAGUGCCAGUCAUACUUUUCGAGGCUGUGAAAGACUUAACUCCUGGUACAGAACUUUUUUUCAAUUAUAGAAUGUAACUCGUAGGGAGAUGGAGGUGAUCUGGACUGGCCCAACACCUGAGAAGUGCAAUAUGCAUACUAUUUCAUGUAUAUAGUUAUACUGAUCGGUUAUAUAACCACAUGAUUGUUGCUGCUGUUUUUGGAAAUGUUCUGUUUUUGGAAAUGUUCUGUUUUUGGAAAUGUUCUGUUUUUGGAAAUGUUCUGUUUUUGGAAAUGUUCUGUUUUUGGAAAUGUUCUGUUUUUGGAAAUGUUCUGUUUUUGGAAAUGUUCUGUUUUUGGAAAUGUUCUGUUUUUGGAAAUGUUCUGUUCAUUAUAGCUAGCUCUCUGAAUUCCCUGAGGGUUGGCUAGUAAUCACCACCUGAGGUGACCAACUAAUUCUUUGGUGAACAUCAUCUCUUGCUGAAAUCGAGCAAAAAGGGGGCAGGGCUGUGGGACUUAACUUAGGCUGAAACAAGAGCAUCACCGACCCAGAGUUUUCUGCUCGCACUUUCAAUUCCCAUAUGGUUCCCGAGAGUAGUAAUCACCACCGUAAGUGAACGACUAGCCACUUCUCAGGUCAACAUCAGAUUAAUUCAGACAGCAGAGAAAAAAUGCUUUUAGCACCAUUUUGUGCUCACUAUUGAGAAUAAGCAAUAGUCUAUAAGUUGACUAGAGCAGAGAACGGCUUGCAGCCAUGUUGACUGUGGUUAUUUUCUGUGGCUGUUAACCCUUAGGAUACCGGAGUUUUUUUUCAAUUUACAUAUCCAUAUAAAGUUAUGUUUUUUGCGGGACAUAUAUGUAUACGUUUUUUAUGUCCAAAUACUGUAAAAAUAAAUUAAAACGUAAAAAAAAAUAUAUAUAUUUUUUUUAAUAUGACCAUAUUCUGACCCCCAUAACUUUUUUUACAGUUAUUUCUACUGCGCUCUGUGGGGGGCUCAU